AUGGAGUGCACCGGCUGCGACGCGCUCUUCGAGCCGGCGCCGAAGCCGAGCUGCCCAGUGGUCCUCUCUUGCGGGCACACCCUCUGCCGGUCAUGCGCCGUCGACUUGGCGAGCGCAGACCCCGGGACGGGACACCCCACCAUCGUCUGCAUCUUCUGCAGGGAGCCGCACAUCUACGCCAAGAAGGGGGCCAGCUGUGAGGACCUGGUAGCGAGCCUGCCCGUCAACCACGGGCUGCUCGAGGCGAACGCGACGAUCCUCUCCGUCACCGCCGAGAUGAAGUCCCUCCUCGGCGUCCUCCGCAAGCUCCUCCCGGAAAGCGCGGCCGGCGCUCUCGCCGAGCAGCACCAGUGGCAGGUGGCGCGCGGGCCGCCCGGCCACGAGCCCGCCGCGACGCCGGCCAACCCCCCGGCCGCCGCGGGCCUCCCCGGCGUGCCCCGGACGUCGCCGCCGGUCCGCAUGGCCGGCCAGCCGUACGCCGCGAUCCACGCCCCCGCCGUCGACACGGUCACCGCUCCCAUGGGGUGGACGCCGCCGUCGAACAUCACGGCCGAGGCGGUGCACGCGUACGGCAAGCACGCCGGCGCGCUCGCCACGGGGUCGCUGCCGUACCACAUGUGGCCCGCGCGCGCGCCGGCCCCGCGCGGCUGGUCGCCGUCGUGGGGGCCCGCGGGGCCGCCCGGGUUUUUUCCCGCCGCGGGACCGUACCCGCACCGACUCGAGGAAGCCCACCGACUAGACCCCGUGCUCGCGGCCCCGCCCGCGCCGCACCCGCGCGGCUGGGCGGCGCUGCGCAACAUCCGCGGGCCGCAGCAGCUCCCGCCGCCGUCCGAGGCGCAGAUCCGGAUGAUGGAGCUCAUCAUGCGGCCGGACCGCGCGCGCGUGGCGCCCGAGGAGGGCAACAGCGACGACGCCCGCGUGACGGUGCAGCAGCGCGAGCUGCCGCUGGCGGCCAUGAUGGGCGCCAAGGGCGCGAUGCCGGCGCCCGAGGGCAAGAACAUGAGCAACGAGACUGAGAACAACGAGCAAAUGCGCGCGCAGAAGCGGGCUCGCCUGGAUCAGCCCCAGUGA